AUGAAAGCAGUUGUAUUAGAUGAACAAGUAGGACGAGAUCUUCAUGAGAAGUUCAUGGUACCUGCUGUGAACUUCCCAAAUGUUGACCAACAAUUACAAAGUUUGAUGAAGAAGAUAACAUCAUUAAGAGGAAAGUACAAUUUGUACAUCAUUACUUCACUCAAAUUUGACGGUGAUAUAAGAAAGAAGUUUGAGAUACUUACUGCAAUAUACAAGUCUAUCGUAUUUAAGAUGAAUGAUGCUUAUUGCUGGAAAACCAUGUCAGAGUGGAGCAAUACAAAACACAAUAAUUUUAGAGUUAAUUUAAGAUUAUGUCGAACUUUAAAAGUCAAUAAUUACGAUAUAUCGAAUAUUGAGUUCAAAAAGAAUGGUAUAGACUCACGCUCAGUAAAAGAAAAUGAAGGAAAGGUCCGCGUAGAAGGGAAGACAAUUUUAAAUUGUUUCUCUCAACAUUAUAAUUUGGACUUUUCACAAGGCCAAGAAAAUCAAGGUGAUUGUAGGACAUAUUCAAUCAACGAAAAAAUGACUGAUACAUUUAUUGAUAAACCUCAACAACUUUUUAUGUUUAAAGAUGAAAUCUUGAAAGAAGUAGAAAAUCUCAAAGAACUUCUUCAAGACAAUUCAAUAUUUGGAUCCCAGUCAACUAUUAAAGAUUAA